GUCACACGGACCCGUAAAUGCAUCAGUGGGUGUGACAGCAACGUUUAUGUUAACGACACCCGCAGCAGAUCUAUGAGUCAACUGAGACACCCAGUCUCUACAUGUGCUACAUGUGCAGUUCAAUGGAAAAUGUGGCUGUUCAAGGUCUUCGGUGUAAUAUAUAUGGUCGCUGUGUGUGCUUCUGAGGAUAACGAUGCAACCACCUACAGUUAUUCAACAGCACCUCCUCUUUUUGUGCCUCCGGUACCAGUUCUGGAGCGAACUUCCUCCUCGUCAAACGUCUUCUCUUCUGAGAAAGUAGUGCUAGAAUGUAAAGCCACUAGCAGCUCGGAGCUGAUCUUCACAUGGAAGAAAAAUGGAAGCCCUCUAGGUUCUGGUCCAAAUUUGUCUCUCUCCCCAGAUAAGUCAGUGCUUACAAUCACAGCAACAUCAACACAAGAUUCUGGAAGUUACACCUGUGUAGUUGAGGGCAAAAAGAAGCCUAGUCAAACUAAAGAAAGUGGACCUGUCAGCAUUCAAGUUUCUGAGAUUCCAGUUCCAACUAUAACAGAAACACCCAAGUGGGCACAUGUGUUCCCCACCGAGAGUGUGAAGUUCAAGUGUGGGAUUGGGCCGGACAGCUUUAACUGGAUGUAUACAUGGUACAGAGAUGGGAAGCAGGUCAAUGCUGAUGGUACUGUGUCUUUUGAUGCGAAUGGAGCUGGUCUUUCCAUCAGCUCUGCUUCAGCUGGUCAUACAGGAAAAUAUAACUGUAGUGGAAAAAUCCAGAACAGAGCUGUCACCAGCCAAACCAGUUCUGAAGUUUCUCUCACAGUGUAUGCUCAGAAACCCACUCUCACACUGACACGAGAUCCAGACUACGAUGUGAUGUUUGCUGGAGAAGCGGUCACCUUCAGCUGUGCCAUCAGUGUCCAAUCUGAAUGGACGUACCUGUGGUACAAAGAUGGCAGUGAGGUUACUGGAUCGUCAGACAAACUUGCAGUUCAAAUUAAAGGAACAGGGAAUGGGGGCUCAUAUACAUGCAAAGCAACAAGAGGUCCAAAUCCAGCCUUCAUCACUGAUUCAAGUGCACCUGAACAACUUAACGUGCAAGAGAUUCCUGUUCCAACUAUAACAGAAACACCCAAGUGGGCACAUGUGUUCCCCACCGCGAGUGUGAAGUUCAAGUGUGGGAUUGGGCCGGACAGCUAUAACUGGAUAUAUACAUGGUACAGAGAUGGGAAGCAGGUCAAUGCUGAUGGUACUGUGUCUUUUAAUGCGAAUGGAGCUGGUCUUUCCAUCAGCUCUGCUUCAGCUGGUCAUACAGGAAAAUAUAACUGUAGUGGAAAAAUCCAGAACAGGGCUGUCACCAGUCAAACCAGUUCUGAAUUUUCUCUCACAGUGUAUGCUCAGAAACCCACUCUCACACUGACACGAGAUCCAGACUACGAUGUGAUGUUUGCUGGAGAAGCGGUCACCUUUAGCUGUGCCAUCAGUGUCCAAUCUGAAUGGACGUACCUGUGGUACAAAGAUGGCAGUGAGGUUACUGGAUCAUCAGACAAACUUGCAGUUCAAAUUAAAGGAACAGGGAAUGGGGGAUCAUAUACAUGCAAAGCAACAAGAGGUCCAAAUCCAGCCUUCAUCACUGAUUCAAGUGCACCUGAACAACUUAACGUGCAAGAGAUUCCUGUUCCAACUAUAACAGAAACACCCAAGUGGACACAUGUGUUCCCCACCGAGAGUGUGAAGUUCAAGUGUGGGAUUGGGCCGGACAGCUAUAACUGGAUAUAUACAUGGUACAGAGAUGGGAAGCAGGUCAAUGCUGAUGGUACUGUGUCUUUUAAUGCGAAUGGAGCUGGUCUUUCCAUCAGCUCUGCUUCAGCUGGUCAUACAGGAAAAUAUAAGUGUAGUGGAAAAAUCCAGAACAGGGCUGUCACCAGCCAAACCAGUUCUGAAUUUUCUCUCACAGUGUAUGCUCAGAAACCCAAUCUCACACUGACACGAGAUCCAGACUAUGAUGUGAUGUUUGCUGGAGAAUCAGUCACCUUCAGCUGUGCCAUCAGUGUCCAAUCUGAGUGGAAGUACCUGUGGUACAAAGAUGGCAGUGAGGUUACUGGAUCAUCAGACAAACUUGCAGUUCAAAUUAAAGGAACAGGGAAUGGGGGCUCAUAUACAUGCAAAGCAACAAGAGGUCAAAAUCCAGCCUUCAUCACUGAUUCAAGUGCACCUGAACAACUUAAAGUGCAAGAGAUUCCUGUUCCAACUUUAACAGAAACACCCAAGUGGGCACAUGUGUUCCCCACCGAGAGUGUGAAGUUCAAGUGUGGGAUUGGGCCGGACAGCUAUAACUGGAUAUAUACAUGGUACAGAGAUGGGAAGCAGGUCAAUGCUGAUGGUACUGUGUCUUUUGAUACGAAUAGAGCUGGUCUUUCCAUCAGCUCUGCUUCAGCUGGUCAUACAGGAAAAUAUAAGUGUAGUGGAAAAAUCCAGAACAGGGCUGUCACCAGUCAAACCAGUUCUGAAUUUUCUCUCACAGUGUAUGCUCAGAAACCCACUCUCACACUGACACGAGAUCCAGACUACGAUGUGAUGUUUCCUGGAGAAGCGGUCAACUUCAGCUGUGCCAUCAGUGUCCAAUCUGAAUGGAAGUACCUGUGGUACAAAGAUGGCAGUGAGGUUAUUGGAUCGUCAGACAAACUUGCAGUUCAAAUUAAAGGAACAGGGAAUGGGGGAUCAUAUACAUGCAAAGCAACAAGAGGUCCAAAUCCAGCCUUCAUCACUGAUUUAAGUGCACCUGAACAACUUAACGUGCAAGAGCUCCCAAAGGCUUCUAUAGUCCUGCUAACUGGCUGGUCAGACGUCUUCUCCACUGAUAGCUUGAUUCUAUUAUGUGAAGUAAAGGAGAGCACGCACAACUGGACGCAUUACACAUGGCUCAAAGAGGUGGAACAAAUCGAUUCAUUCUCUGAGAAACAUGCAGUAACUCCCAGCAAUGACCCAGACCAGAGUACUUACACCUGCCGUGCACAUGCUGAUGAGAGACCCUUAUACUCAAAAUCCAGUGACUCUUUCAAGACCAAGAACCUUCUUUUAAAGAGGAGGGUGCUUCUUUCCAUCUCUGGCUGCAUCGUCUUUGGUAUCGCCGCGGUCUUUAUAGGAUGCGUGGCCCUGAGAGUCUUCCGCAAACCAAAUGGUCGUGAUGACAAAAUGGAAGAGGUCAAUCUGUUUCCGACAAUGGCUGAGCUAAAGAUAACUGAUGUACCGUGUCCACUGGUUGAGUACAUCACUGAUGCCUCUCUGAAUGCACCAGCUAAAGAAGAAGAGGAGGAGAAUGGCACAGUUUGCAGUGAAACAACACCCUUACCAAUAACCAAGCAGGAGGACCAAGCUGCAACGACUGACAACCAGGAAACAACAGAAACCAACGGUGGGCUGAGUUCUUUUCUAAAAUGAGCCAAUGAAGAAGUCUUUGCAUCAACAACAUGCCUAUCAAUGAGUCAGCAGACUUACUUCAGCUCUGUGAGGCUUUAAUGGUCAGUGCACACCAGAAAACAACAUCUUUGUGCAAUAUAGUGAUGUGGCUGUCACAGGAAAUCUGAAACUCAGCUGAAGAUCAUUAAGAUUGAUGUAAAAGGUUUUCGUUUAAGAAGUAUUCUGUCAUGACCCGA